GAAACAGCAGAUGCAUGGACAAAAGUCUACUGUUGCGAUCGUCACGCAAUGUGCCGACUGUGCGUCACACGGCGUGGUAUAUAAGGACGCUUAGAAUAGGUAGCCCAUUACUGUUAACAAGACAAGCAAACAGCAUCAUGAAGACUCUGCUGGUUCUAGCGGCGGUGUUGGCGGUUGCCUGUGCUUUCCCGAACCGAGGUAUCGGUGGCAACCAGGGUUUCCCAGGCAGCGGAUUUCCAGGCAAUGGCGGAUUUAACCAGGGAUUUCCCGGAAAUGGGGGCUUUGGCCCUGGCGGACUGAACCAGGGCUUCCCUGGGUUUGGGUCUGGACAAGGUUUCCCUGGUAAUGGAGGAUUCCCUGGAAAUGGGGGAUUCCCUGGUAAUGUUGGCUUCGGCAAUCAGUUCCCAGGGUAAUGGAUCACUAUACACAAUAACGUUUUACCCUUGUGGAAUGGAAAUAUUGCCAGGACGUCAUAGCCUAAUUGUAUGUCUUCUCUGUUGAAAUAAAAUUCUUAAGCAGUA